AUGGCCGUCCGACCCGUCACUGGUAUGCUCCGACGAAACCUCGUCCUGGACCUCGGCAUCGCUCUUGGAUCCGGCUUCGCCAUGGCCAACGUCUUCUGGUACGGCUUCCACAUGCCCCGAACCAACGCCCGCGACAACCACUACAUCAAGUUGGAGGCUGAGCGUGCUGCCGCCAAGGCCGAGUAA